AUCUCAUCUCUCUUCAGCCAUGGUGAACGUUCCGAAGACCAAGAAGACUUACUGCAAGAACAAGGAAUGCAGAAAGCAUACCUUGCAUAAGGUGACACAGUACAAGAAGGGCAAAGAUAGCUUGGCUGCACAGGGAAAACGUCAUUACGACAGGAAACAAUCUAGUUAUGGUGGUCAAACUAAGCCCAUCUUUCACAAGAAGGCGAAAACCACGAAGAAGAUUGUGCUAAGGUUGCAAUGCCAAGGCUGCAAGCAUGUCUCACAGCACCCAAUCAAGAGAGACAAGCAUUUUGAAAUUGGUGGAGAUAAGAAGGGCAAGGGAACAUCUCUCUUUUGAUCAGUUUUGUGUAAUUUUGUUGCAGCAGCUACUAUUCUUUCUUUUUGUUGUAGCAGACUAUUCACUGUUUUAAGUUUUCGAAACUUGUAAUGCAAGUAUCUGUUUUGAUUUUA